CUCGAGGUGGACCUGUCAAAAGUACUAAGGAAGACACCAGUUGUUGUGUACACACCUGUUGGGAUUGUUAAUGGCUGAAGAUGGUUCUGAGCUGCUGCAAGCCAGGAGACAAAUGUCCCUCCUGAAAAAAUAUUUUGUUGCAGUCCAAGAUGCAUCAAAAAGAUUUCCGAUACACUAAACUGCGAUGGCUGCUAACCGUCAGUGGACUGUUCCUCUACGUCGCGGACAUUUUGACAGACUUGGGACUCUCCGUGAAGUACGUCGUCGACGAACAUUAUGUAUGGUCAGCGCUGACUUUUGGCUUUGUUCUGCUCGGGAUGCUGGUGACUCAGGUUUUCAGCUACGCCUGGUACAAGGACGACAUCAAUGAUGUGUUCAUAAACCCUCAAGGAGUAGCUCCAGUGUCAGGGUUCCCCAAAGGUCGGCUUGCAGUUCUGCAUCUGUGUGGCGCAGGUAUUUUCACCAGGUACUACCGACUGCUCAAAACUGGGUUCCAUGUGGUUUGGAUCAAGGGCCCCGAUGAGGAAGAGACAAAGGAAGUGCACCAUCGUCUGUUUUGUCAAGCCACCGACCUCAGCAUGCUCAAACUGUUUGAGGCUUUUUUGGAGAGUGUCCCCCAACUGCUAUUACAGAUCUACAAAGCACUGCACCAUGGCGACGCCUCCAUCAUGCAGUAUUCCUGUAUGGUCAUGUCUGGUUUUAACAUCGCCUGGGCCAUGGUGGACUAUCGCCGCUGCCUCCGGAGGUCCCUCCAACAUGUUCAGGAGAUGCCUUCCGGACUCCCGACUGUGAUUUACCUGCUCUACAAGGUCUGCACCAUCAGCAGCCACAUCCUCAGCUACAGCCUCCUCCUGAAGCUCAGUCCCUACAGCGUGAUCGCCCUGGCCAUUUUGUGGCUGCUGGGGACAAUAUGGUCACACCUGCUUCAAACCAACUUCUGCACAACCAGAGGUCAUGAGAUACUCUACCGAGCCGUGGUGGGAUUCAUACUCACGUUUACGUUCUUUAACGUGAAAGGUCAGGACACUCGACGAUCCAUGACAGUCUAUUACUUUCUCUACUCUCUUAUCAACAUGGUGACGCCGAUACUUUUGGCUUUGUUGAUGCCUGAGGUGCAGACGGCCACGUUCUUUCUCGCCAUAACCGGGUUGAUUUCUGGGGGCUCCUUGCUGGGCCUUCUGUUUCUUGUGUUGUACUACCUCUACCUGCACCCAAAGAAGAAGAAUCAUGAGACCGACGAAGUGGACGGACUGGAAAAGGAAGCAGAGACUGGGAGGAUAAGACACUUUUUGCAGCCUUGAUGCACAUUUCAAUGCACACAGUCACUCAUGAAGAAGUGUCGUAAAUAUAUGACAUAAUAUACGCUGCUCUUAGUUAUCUCAUGUCCUGAGGUUUACAUCAUCAUGCAUGAUUCAACAUUUUGUGCAUAUAUUGAACUUUAGUCAAUGUAAAUAGCCUUCUAUAGUAUUUCAUAUUUAAAGGCCUACUAAAAUGAGAUUUUCUUAUUCAAACGGGGAUAGCAGGUCCAUUCUAUGUGACAUACUUGAUCAUUUCACGAUAUUACCAUAUUUUUGAUGAAAGGAUUUAGUAGAGAACAUCGACGAUAAAGUUUGCAACUUUUGGUCGCUAAUAAAAAAGCCUCGCCUGUACCGGAAGUAGCAGACGAUGUGCGCGUGACGUCACCGGUGUGAGGGCUCCUCACAUCCUCACAUUGUUUAUAGUCAUAGCCACCAGCAGCAAGUGUAAUUCGGACCGAGAAAGCGACGAGUUCCCCAUUAAUUUGAGCAAGGAUGAAAGAUUCGUGGAUGAGGAAAGUUAGAGUGAAGCACAAAAAAAAAAAAAGAGAGAAAAAAAAAAAAGGCGACGGCAGUGUGAGCGAUUCAGAUGUAAUUAGACACAUUUACUAGGAUAACUCUGGAAAAUCCCUUAUCUGCUUAUUGUGUUAAUAGUGGUUUAGUGAGAUUAUAAAGUCAUACCUAAAAGUCAGAGGGCUGCGAUGAACGCCAGUGUCUCUCAGAGAAGCCAAUGGAGGAGCCAAGAUCACAGCUGCCCUUUUGACAGCUGCAGGAUGAGGUCGCAUAAUCCAUUGAAGUCUCCGGUAAGAGCCGACUAAAUAUCACAAUUUUCCCAUCCAAAAACUUGCUGGUUGACGUAGAGAAACAUGUUCGCUUGACCGCUCUGUGUUAAAGCUUCACAACAAACAAAGAAACACAGGCUGUGUUUCGCUGCUAAAGACAGCUGCAAUCCACCGCUUUCCACCAACAGCAUUGUUCUUUAUAGUCUCCAUUAUUAAUUGAACAAAUUGCAAAAGAUUCAGCAACACAGAUGUCCAAAUUAUUGUGUAAUUAAGCGAGGAAAAGAGACGACUUUUAGCCGUAAGUGGUGCUGGGCUAAUAUGUCCGCUACAACCCGAGACGUCACAAACGCGCGUCAUCAUACGGGUCAUCAUUCCGCAACGUUUUCGAGAAGAAAAUCUGCGUGAAAUUUAAAAUUGUAAUUUAGUAAACUAAAAAGGCCGUAUUAGCAUGUGUUGCAAUGUUAAUAUUACAUCAUUACACAGGUGCUGUUCAUAUUAUUAGAAUAUCAUGAAAAAGUUGAUUUAUUUCAGUAAUUAUAUUCAGAACGUGAAACUUACAUAUUAUAUCAAUUCAUUACACACAUAGUGAUAUAUUUGAAAUGUUUAUUUCUUUAAAUUUUGAUGAUUAGUACUGACAAUUACUAAAAAUUCCAAAUUCAGUAUCUCAGAAAAUUAGAAUAUUAGUUACGAAUAGUACCAAAAAAUAUUUUUUAGAAAUGUGGGCCAACUGAAAAAUAUGAACAUGGAAAGUUUCAGCACGUGCGGUAAUCAAUACUUAGUUGCAGGUCCUUUUGCCUGAAUUGCUGCAGCAAUACGGCGUGGCACGGAGUCGACCAGUCCGUUGCACUUUAAUAACUGUACACGUUGUUAUCUGUCUGCUAUGUGAUAAGGAGGAGACUAAUAGCGCUGAGUAAUUGGUUAAUUAUUAAUCUUGUUGUUAUGAUUGUAGUUACAGUGUUCUUGUCUAAAGGGAAAGUAAAACAUUUGGAUACACUUGAUGUUAUUUAAAGAAAAUGUGUGUCAAUGUUUGACUAGACCACAUAUUUGUUAUACAUGUAAUUAUUACAAUCAACCCAAAAUUAUUCCUUCCUUCACAUGUAAAAAGUGGGCCAAAACGUACUAAUUACAUUUUAUUACAAAUUAUAAUAUGCAUAUAAUUAUUUAUUAUGUAUGUAUAAUAUUACAUCCAUUUCCUACCGCUUGUCAAUAUUACACAUUUUAAAUUAAAUUACAACCAUUUAAAAAUAUUGCAUAGUGCUUGUAACUUUUAAAAUAUAUUUUUUUUCUCCAAGGUGCGAUACCCUGAAGUUGUAUGGCACCCGACGAAGAGAAGCAUAUUUAGGGUCAUAAAGGAAAAAACUAAUAUUUAAAUAACGACCUCAAUGUGACAUAAUUAUUGUAAUUAAAACGACACACACAUGUUUUAUUAAAUGUGAAAUUAAUCUAAUCAAAUGUAAACCUAUAUCUAAUUUUUAAUCAUUUAAUUAUUGUUCAAUCAUUUAAUCAAUAGUGGUUUAAUUAUUUCACAAUUUCCUUAAUUCGAACAGAUAAAAUAAAUUCAUGAAAUGCCACCAGACAGGUUCAGGAGAUAUAAUAUGUAAUUUAAUCACAAAAUAAUAAAAUUGUAAAAUAAUUAAUUACCCUGUGAUGAAAUGGCGACUUGUCCAGGGUGUACCCUGCCUUCCGCCCGAUUGUAGCUGAGAUAGGCACCAGCGCCCCCCGCGAUCCCAAAGGGAAUAAGCGGUAGAAAAUGGAUGGAUGGAUAAUUCAUUACAUUGUUAAUUAUAUUAAAUGAUUAAAUAUGGAAAUGAUUAAAUGACUAGUUAAUUAACUUCUACAUAAAAAAAUAAUGACACAAUUUAUAACCUUUCUAUUCAACAUAUUUAGACUAUAUUUCAUUCUUGACAUGUUAGUAUUAAAAGAUUGAUUUAUUAAGUUUUGUCCAAUUCGGCCCUCAAUAGAAGCAUGCCCCACACUCCCUACUAUUUAGUAAUACUUCAAGCAUUUAAUUAAUAGUGGUUUAAUUAUUUCACAAUUUUCUUUAUUUCGAACAGAUAAAAUAAAUUCAUGAAAUGCCACCACACAGGUUCAGGAGAUAUAAUAUAUAAUUUAAUCACAAAAUAAUAAAAUUGUGAAAUAAUUAAUUACAUUGUUAAUUAUAUUAAUGAUUAAAUAUGAAAAUCAUUAAAUGAUUAGUUAAUGUACUUUCACAUAAUGAAUAAUGACACAAUUUAUAACCGUUCUAUUCAUCAUAUUUAAAUUAUAUUUCAUUCUUGACACAUGUUAGUAUUAAAAGAUUAAUUAAUACAUUUGUGUCCCAUUCGGCCCUCAAUAGAAGCAUGCCCCACGCUCUCUACUAUUUAGUAAUGCUUCAAGCAUUUAAUUAGUAGUGGUUUAAUUAUUUCACAAUUUUCUUUAUCUCGAACAGAUAAAAUAAAUUCAUGAAAUGCCACCAGACAGGUUCAGCAGAUAUAAUAUAUAAUUUAAUCACAACAUAAUAACAUUAAUUUCAUUGUUAAUUAUAGUAAAUGAUUAAAUAUAGAAAUCAUGAAAUGAUUAAAUAGUUAAUGAACUUUUAAAUUUAAAAAGGACACAAUUUAUAACCUGUUUACCAAAUUUUAAUUAUAUUUCAUUCUUGACAUGUUAGUAUUAAAAGAUAAUUUGAUAAAUUUUGCCUUAAUCGGCCUCUUAAUCAAAGCAUGCCCCACACUCUCUGCUAUUUAUUAAUGCUUCAAGCAUUACUAAACUUUUAUGACAGUUUUCUGCAGGCAUCACUAAAAUGUUAUGACAGUUUUCUGCAGGUCGUUGACUUGUAACACAAACACUCACCACAAGAUGGGAGCAUUGUCCGUGUUAUUUUCCUGACGAGGUAAAGCAAGAGGCUUUUUCACUUAUCCUCAGACCAUGUCUGCCACUGUCAGAGAAACAACAAUAAAAGCGAUGACAUCA